CGCGCUUCACGACCGUUGCACCCGAAGCAAAGAAGCGAAGGGAAAGAGAAGGAAGAAUAGUCUGUGCAUCGGCCAUGGAGAGCUCCUCCUCGUCUCUCUUGCUGAGUUCGUAUGCCGGCAACAACAAGAGGGCCAGGGAUGCCGACGUCGAAGUGGGCUCGUCCGCGGAGGCGGAGGCCGCCAAGAGGAUGCGACCGGAGGACCUGCUGGACCUGCUCGCCGACGACACCGACGCCGCGGCGGCCGGCGACCUGGCCUCCGUCAUGCGGAGCCUUGAGGAGGAGAUAUGCGCCGACGAGCUGACGCCGCCGCAGCCGGAGCUGGGGUUCCUGCUCGAGGCCUCCGACGACGAGCUCGGCCUGCCGCCGGCCGCCGGGGCGUCCUCCUCGUCGGACGACGCCGGGGGCUGGGAGCCGGAGGAGCCCGCAGGCCUGUUCGGGGAGCAGAUAUGGGGCUUCGAGGACGAGAUUGACGGCGCAUACGCCUUCGGCGGCGUCGCCUACUCGCCGGAGGCCGCCGUGGCGGCUGCUGCGGCCGCGGCCGAGUGGGGCGACGACGGCUUUGACGCCGGCCUGUUCGGCUUCGGCGACGAGUCAUUCGGGCCGUCCGAUCUCGACGUGCUUCGCCAGGAGACCAUGCCCGCCGUUUGAUCAGUCGUCAGUGGAUGGAUGGAUUAGCCUUUUCUUUUUUACCUUUGGCUGACUUUAGCUUUACCCUUUUUUUAAGAGAAAUGUCAAAAAUAAACCUUAACUUUAUACUCGAA